GCGUGGGAGUGGGCGGCUGGGUGGGCGGGAGUCCACUCAGCUGUGGACUCUCCACUCCACUCCACGGUGAUGUAACAGGAAGCAGUGGGCUGACUUCCAACCUCAAGCUGAAGCCGCCGGAGCUCCGCGCAGAGCCACCGCAGAUUCGAACCGAGCCGAACCGGACCGGACCGGAGGAGCGUGAUCGGAUCCGAACCCGCCGCGGAUUCGCCGUGACCGACCUGAAGCUGGUGAAUCAUCGUUACCUGACAUGGCAGAGAGGAAAUUAGACGGCUUCAGAUGGAGCUGGAUGGUCGCAGUCAUUCUUCUGUGCAACCUAACAACAUUCCUGGUGAGGGCCAGCAUGGAAGUGAAUGAAAGCCAGCAGCAGCAUCCCAACAACGUCUACCACGACACUGGGAUCACCAGGAACAAGAUCGUCACGGCGCAGUUCGAGUGCUACCAGAAGAUCAUGAAGGACAACGCAAACGGCAAACAUGAGCCCCUGUGUAAUCGGACCUGGGAUGGAUGGCUGUGCUGGGAUGACACUCAACCUGGAGUCACGUCAGAGCAGCACUGCCCGGACUACUUCCAGGAUUUUGAUCCUUCUGAAAUGGUGACAAAGACUUGCACCAACAACGGUCAGUGGUUUGUUCAUCCUGAGAGCAACCGGACGUGGACCAACUACACGCGCUGCAACGAACACACAAACGAAGGAAUCAUGACCGCAAUGAAUCAUUUCUACUUGACCCUCAUUGGACAUGGACUCUCCCUGGUUUCCCUCUUCAUCUCACUGGCUAUUUUCUUCCAUUUCAAAAGUCUGAGUUGCCAGAGGAUUACUCUUCACAAGAACCUUUUCUUCUCUUUUGUUCUGAACUCUGUCAUCACUAUCAUUUGGCUAACUGCAGUGGCUAACAACCGGGAGCUGGUGCAAAGAAAUCCAAUGAGCUGUAAAGUGUCCCAGUUUAUCCACCUCUACCUGUUUGGCUGUAAUUACUUCUGGAUGCUGUGUGAGGGGAUUUACCUUCACACGCUCAUCGUGGUGGCCGUGUUCGCCGAGAAGCAGCACCUCAUGUGGUAUUAUCUGCUCGGCUGGGGCUUUCCUCUGAUUCCUGCGUCCAUUCACGCCAUCGCUCGGAGUUACUACUACAACGACAACUGCUGGAUCAGCUCCAAAACGUCGCUGCUCUACAUCAUCCACGGCCCCAUAUGUGCAGCUCUGCUGGUGAACCUGUUCUUCCUGCUCAACAUCGUCCGGGUUCUGAUCACCAAGCUGAAGGUGACCCACCAGGCCGAGUCCAGUCUGUACAUGAAGGCGGUCAGAGCCACGCUCAUCCUGGUUCCUCUGCUGGGCAUCGAGUUCGUCCUGCUGCCCUACAAACCCGAAGGACGCGUCUCCUCCGAGAUAUACGACUACAUUAUGCACAUCCUGAUGCACUACCAGGGUCUGCUGGUGGCGACCAUCUUCUGCUUCUUCAACGGAGAAGUCCAGGCGGUUCUGAGGCGGCACUGGAACCAGCACCACAUCCAGUUCGGCAGCAGCAUCGGGAACCACUCGGACGCCCUGCGCUCGGCCUCCUACACGGCCUCCUCCAUCAUCGAGGUGCAGGGCUGCUACUCCAUCGACGGCCACACGGAGCACAUGAACGGGAAGAGCUUCCACGACACGGACGUCUCCGUCCUGAAGCCGGACAGCACCUUCGCCUGACGCCCGGCGCCGAGGAGCGGAUCCUGACUGGCUACGGAAACGCUCGCUCGUCCGGCGAGGUGAGCGCGGCGCCGCUCCGCCGUCCUCCGCUCCGGUGACGGGUUCCGAUUGGACGCCAUCACGUUCUAGCCAUUCUUAGCGACUGCUGGUUCAUUAUUUUGGCGUGUCGAUGUGGACGGACGCCGUUCGGUUUCACUGUAAGAAAACUCAAACUGUGCCAAAUCCGACUCUCCGUUUGGAGAUACAGAUUACAAUCCAACGAAGCUACGCCACCAUCUUGUUUCUACAACAACGUCUUGCUGCAGACAGAAAAAAGGAAUACAUUUCUGAAAAAAACCCCGAACAUUUUGAGACUAAUGUAAAAGACUUUUUGGAAAAAAUAAGAAAAUUCCCUGAGCUCAAAAGUCGAAAAUGUUCAAUUUUACAAGCUCUGAAAAUCUCCAGGUUAAUCUCAUAAUUUGAGAUUUUUUUUCUCAAAUUGUCGACUUUUCAAGCUCAGACAUUUUUAUGAUUUUCCUAGAAAACUGCUGAAACUAAUCUCUACAUUUUUGUUUUUCUCUCAACUUUACGACUUUUGUAGCUCAGAGAAUUUCCAGGAUUUUUCUAGAAAGUUUCUGAGAUUAAUCUCAGAGUUUGAGGGGAUUUUUUUCCCGACAUGCUCUCCUUUAUCUUCUAUCUCUGUUGGCCCUGAUUCGCUGUCGUAAGCGUCUCAUGAUACGACGCAGCAUUUGUUACGGAUUCUGCCUCGAAGACCCGGAGUAAAAGUCACGUUCCCUUUUCUCGGACUGAGCGAAGAUCGACGCCGUUUCAGGUUGAAGCUUCAGAUUGUUGACGUCUGGCUGGAAAAGUGAAAUUAUGGAAACAUUUUCCUAUCAAAGUCUAAAGAUCUGUAAAUUUAAUCUCAGGAGUGCAAAACACAUAAAAACUUCCACAAUGUUGAGUGAAGCGUACAGGCUGUGAGGGAGAAACUGAGUACAGGUUCAAAAUGUGUUGGUAUAUAAGCUACUUCAUGAUCAUUUGGAAUUGCACAACAUUUAUGGAGUUAAAUUGGAGCCAAAAAAAAAAUGUUUAAAUUAAAAAAAGAAUUUUUUUCAAAGCUUUUAACAGGAAAAAAAUAUUGAAAAAAAGAUUUGCAACUGUACAAAAAAAGUUAAAAUCUAUGGAACUAAAAUAAUGCAGAUGCUUUCUAUGGAGCUAAAAUGUGAGGCAUAAAGUUUUAAUGGAAAAUAAAAAAUUUUGAAGCUGAAAGAUUGUUUUGAAACUGGAAAGAAGAUCUAAAACUGAAAACUAUUUUUAACUGCAAAAAAGAUUUGAGACCAAAUAAAGUUAAAAACUAUGGAGCUAAAACGGUGCAGAAGUCUCUCUUAAAUGUCACUGUUUGUUUUUGUAGUAACUGUUUUAUUUUUCCUUGAUGUGAAAUUUGGAAUUAAAAUUUUUUCAAGUUAAAAUUUAUUGUUUCGUUUCAAAUAGCUUUUUAUUUAAAUUAUUUUUCUGUUCUAAAUCUUUUUUCAAAUUUUUCAGUAAAUUUUUUUAUUCUAAGAAUUUCAGUUUUAAUUUUUUUAUUUAUUAUUUUUCAGUUUCAAACCUUUUUUUCUCUAUUAAAAAUAAUUUUUCAGUUAAUUAUGGCUCAAAUUUUGCUCCAUACAACUUUGAAGAUCAUUGUGAACAAAAAGACUAAAAACAUAAAAUGGUGAAAGGAAUGUAAACGACCAGAAAGCUUCAGCAUCUUUCAGAGCAGCAAACAUUUUAUUGCUUUUUCACAGUAAAUAUUUCAGUUUAGUUGUCAAAAUGGCCCCAGAAUAAAUAGAAAACUCAGUAAAUGUGCAGAAAACGUUUCCUACAGGGCUAACUGUGUGUCUGAACAGCUUCUUUUGUUAAAAAUUUUAUUUUAAGGCCAGCAUGGAUUAAUUAUUAUAGCAGAAAUACAUAGUUUUUAGUAUUUCUCUGAAGUCAGAAUGAAAACACAGAAUGGAAAAGUUUGAUAAAGUUACAGAUUUAAUCACACCAAAGAGGAGAAAUAUUAAACAUGCACAAACUCUAUUUUUUAAUAUUUGUUCCAUCUCAGAAUAACCAUUAUUUUAAAGUAUAUUUUUGAUUUAUUUAAUCUCCUUUAGCUUGUUUUUUUUAGUGUAGAUCAGACGUUUUCAGUGUAAGGUUGAAGAUGAUGAAGAUUGCACUUCUUCUCCCUGAACGGCGGCUUUCCGCUGGACUCCAUCGGAUCCGUAACGCUGGGAACGUUUCAGCUGCUGUAAAUAAUUUUGUACAUCCAGCGAGUUUUCCAAGCGAACAUGCCAGAAAAUGCCUGCAUGAUUUGUCUAGGCCGUAUUUCUGUAAAUCCAGAGGCACGGAGCCGGAGGGUGCUGCCUGUCUCCGCCGGCCGCUCGGACCUAUCAACAUGGCCGCCGCCUCUCCAUUGUGCCUGCUAGAGAGCAUGAAGCUCUCACCUUUCAACAGAUCCGCCGCCGCCGCCGGUUGUUUGUUCAUCGAAUGUCUCCGCUUCCUGUCUUUGAUUCAGCUGUAAGGACUCGCAGAUUCACUGCUGGGUUUCAGACGACGAAGCGCCGACGUCACCCGAUGCAGAUGGAGGGCAGGAAGUAAACGCAGCCCGUUUAUUUCUGUUGAUCCAGCAUCAAAAUGUCUAAACUGUGUCCUGUACGGUCGUUCCAACCGUUCUAAUAGAGAGAAAGAUAAACGUUAUUUUCGUGUUUCGAAGGUCGUUGGUCACAAGGGAGUUAAUUUAAAAAAAUUUACCACAAAAAAAAAUGGAUCAAGAAUCUACAGCUAAAAACAGGAGGUAACGAUGUUAGCAUCUAGCUUAGCUGCUAACAACAACAUGAUCUUCACAGACAGAGAAGAUCAUGUUUAUUCAGUGGGACUUUCAUGCUAAAAUAAAAAAGGUAAAUAAAUUAAAUAUAACCUACCCAGCCAUACUUUGACUGUUCCCCCACAUGCUUCCUGUCUGACAUGAACACGGGGUUUCUGUGGGUCGGGGCGAGUCGUUGACCUGCAUUGGACCUGAAUCCAGAGUCCUACAACAUCUCCACAUCAACGUUCAACUCCAGCAUGGAUUUGGUUUACAGAAGCUAAAUAAGUUAUUUACCAGGAGAUCCGAGCUCAUAGAGAUAACAUGGGUUAGCUUGUUGUUAGCGGUAGCAUCGUAACCAUAGAAAAUAGCACGACUCACUACUCACCCGCAGAACCAAGUCGGCAGCCAUUUAAAGCUUCUUUAGAUCCUAAAUGUUUGACCCAACCUGAAACUAAAUGAUUUUAUUCUCCAGGCUUUUGAAAACUUUCUUCUGGUCCAAACUGAACUCUGCAGCUCCGGACAGUUAGCUACAGUCGACACCGGGGAAAUCCUCCAGAGCUUUAGAGAAGUCUUUUUUACAGAGAUAAUGCCGAUCAUAUCCUAAAUAUACUCGUGUUUUUUUAGAUGCCUGGUCUGUUCCAGCCCAUUUAGGGCAUUAGCUGCUCACUGUGACCCGUUCUGCUUUGUUUGGAGCCGGAGAAAUCCCCUUCUGGACCUCCAUCUGAAUUCCAGGGGUCAUUCAGGUCACGUGUCUGAAACCCAGCAAUAGAAACACUUUGACUCAUUAGGAAAUGUUCUGUUUUGUUUGUCACAAAGAGAAAAGAAAGUACACCCUCAUUUAAUUCUGCAGUUUUACCUUUAAAGAACCCGACCGGGUCUUUAGCCGGUUCUAAAGUUAUUUAUGUGCUGAUAACUUAAUUUUUUAAAUUCUUGUUUCAUGGAAUAAAAACAGUUUAGGAUCCGUCCUGCAUGUGUUUUUUCCCUUUCUUACAAAAACACAAAAUCUUACCAAGUAUUUUUUGGUCUAAUUCAGGGAUGUCCAAAGUGUGGCGCGUGGGCCGUAUGUGGCCCCUUCUACUGAUUCUCUGUGGCCCCCCAAUUCAAAAAAUGGCCAAAAAUUUGGUUUGUUUUUAAUUAUUGCAAAAUUAUGACAAAAUCUUAGAAUAUAAAACAUCUUAUGUAAUAGAAAGUAUCCAUCUUUUAAUUGCAUAAAAUUUCACAUCUCAUUUCACCUCUUAGUGACAUUUACUCAAGAAUGAACAUUUUCUCAUUUAGCUGGGCUGAAAACACUAAAUGUGAUCAAAAAGUGACUCAAAUCCUGUUUUUAUAACAGAUUAAAAUUUAUUCAGUUUUUUUUACAAACAAGGUCAAAAAAGAUUCUCAACUUUGAUGCUUUUCUUUUAAACAGGCAAAAUCCUUCAAAUUUUUGUUAGCUAGAGCUAAUAUUAUUAGCUCUAGCUAAUGGCAUUUGCUCCUGCCAAUCGUGUUAACUCCUGCUAAUGGUGUUAGCUCCUGUUAAUGUUGUUAGCUCUAGCUAACGGUGUUAGCUCCUUCUAAUAGUGUUAAUUACUGUUAACACCAUUAGCAUGUGUUAAUGUUAAUGGUGUUAGCAUAACACAUUGGUGCUAAUGGUGAUCUAAAUAACACAGUUAGCUAGAUCUAACUGAGUUAUGUCUAGCUAACACUGUUAGCGCUCAUUAAUGUUGUUAGCUAAUGCUAAUUGUGAACUAGAAACUAAAAAAAACAGGUAAAAUUUUGUGGUUUUUUAGUGUAAGAUGAAGUUGGAUGUUAUUGACUCUGCUAAUGUAAAACCAGAGAGUUGAAGGAGGGUGUACUUUCUUUUCUCCAUGACUGUGAUCUGUAUUUUUAUAUAAAUGUGAUCUCUGAGCGCUGACAAUUCUGUUAGAGCUGGAAUGUGUUGGUCUCUGUUUGAACUCAUCCAAACUGUGGUGAAGCCAAAGCGUUUUGGCAACGUGUUGUAACUUUUUCUGUAUUUAUGUGAAUCGUUUUCGUUUGACUCUCCAAAGAGUUCGUGAAGUUUCAGUGACUCUUCGGUAAACUGUCGUAAACGACGACAAACCCAUUGAGGACGACUUCUGUAGUACGUACUGUAUCUAACUCUGAUAGUCUCAUUGACGCCACACUGCUGUUUGAAUGUUUUGUUUUUAUUCCUUGGAUGUGAAGAACAUACAUAAAUAUAUAUAUAUACAUAUAUCUAUAUUUACAUAUCAAUGUUUCCCUUUUUAAUAUGUCGGUGAACUAGACAAUGUUGCUAUCUUGUGUGUAUCUGCAUACUAAAACAGUAUAGCGCAGCACAGCCUUGAGUUUGUUGUUUUUUUAUUGGCGUUUCCUGAAAACACAAUGAGCUUCUGGCACCAGGAGCGGCGACUCAGUCAGGAAGUUUCUUUUAGAUGGGAGACGGCCUUAAAGAGGCUGCAGACGUUAAAUAAACCUAACGAGUGUUGUGUGAUUUAUGUUUCCUCAGACAACUCAGAGAAAUGAUGCUAAAUAUCUGUAGAUGACACAAAGACAAGCCAACAAGACGAUCAUUACUCACUGAGGAAGCAAAGCCCAAUAAAACACUUUUAUUGAACCGA